AAUUUAAUUAAACCCACACGAUACACAUGCAUAUAAAUGCUUUGAUACACUUAUACAUGUGAACAGGAAAACAAAAUUGCAAUAAAAGAAUUAAACGAGAGUGAAGAUCAAUCAAGAAUCUUUAGCGGUUACCUUGAUGCGGAAUAUUUACGGAAGGCAGAGAAAGAAUAUUUGAGUUGAGCAGUCGAAAGUAUUGCAAGAAAAAAAAUAAAUUGUGAAUAAUAAGAAAAUAAGAAAAGCGUAUUUCAUAACAAUAUAUUAUAGACUGCGUUAUAUAGACAAAAAUGGUGGAUAAACAACAUUCGAUUGAUAUAAGCAGUUGCUUAGCCGAUCCUCAGAUACAACUAAGCAAUGCCUUAGCUACACGAAAUGUACGAGAUUUUCGCAUUGCUUUAGAUAUGGGAGCUGAAGCUAUUUUAGCAGACCAGCAUCAUGGCAAUAUUUAUGAGAAGGCUUUGGCAACUUACGGUUGCGCUGAGUUUGUCGAGGAAUGUCUGAAAAGAGGUUGUAGUCCACAUCAUGUGAAUAAACAUUUUGACAAAGCGGCCAUUAGCUAUGCCAGUGAUUCCCGUGAUCCUCACAUUCUUAUGUCGUUAUUGAAAUAUGAAGGCGUACAAGUAGAUCGAAAAUAUGCGGAACUAACCCCUUUGAACUCCUUAGCUAAAGGUCUUAAUGCGGACAAUGUAAACGAUGUGAUUGCGUGCUUAAAGCUAUUACUCAAUUAUGGAGCCUCUCCUAACAUACCCGAUCAGAGAGAAAUGACUGCCUUACAUUAUGUGGUAAAAAAUCGUAAAAUCGACGAUAAUAAAAAACGUGAAAUUGUUCAAUUGUUUUUCGAGAGACACGAUUUAGAUAUUGAUACGUAUCGUGACGGCGAAUUACGGCAAUUAUUGCAGCAUGAAUUUUCCGAUUUGCAAUUACCCGAAAUUCGUAAUAAUAAAUUAAUAGAUAUGGAGGUAUUGUUGUGCUAUAUACGUGCAGGUGAUAUGGAAAAAUUUUUGCAGCACUUUCCUGAAUAUCAAUUAAAUAUAUCGGAUAAGGACAACCUACGUAAUACGGCGCAAGAGCAAUAUCUGCCAUUGCUUAUUGAAUGCAUUCAGAAGGGAGCUCAUGCCGCCUUUGACGUUUUAUUAGGCAAAAAUUUAAACGUUAACGCUGUAUGGGAGAACAGCAACGCUUUAGAAGUCGCAGCUAUCUGGGGUAAUUGGUAUGCAUUGCAAAAGCUCUUGGAUCAUCCGGAUUUAAAAUUGCGACGUGAUGAUCACCCUUUAAUUACUGUUAUAUGCAAAAUGAGUGAAGAUCCUUUACAGGCGUUUUGCGACUAUCGCAAGUGUUUCUACGUAUUGAUAGAGUCUGAGAAAGUGAAUAUUAAUGAAAAAGAUGACAGUGGCUCUACGCCAUUACAUUACGCUGUCAAAUAUCGCAACAACGAAGCUAUAAGAGAGCUAUUAAGAAGAGGCAGUUAUAUAGGAGCGAAAAGCUGCUUUAACGACCUAUCUAUCGAUGGCGUGAGCCCUGAACUAUUAGAGGAACACUUUGAUAAUUGCAUAACCUCAAAUAAUCGGAAGUUGGGAGAUAAAAACUUUGAAAUUAUCAUCAACUAUAUGAAUCUCUUGCCACGGCUAGAAGUGUCUUCGUCUAAGAUGCCAGUGAAACAAUUGCGAGAUGAAAUGGCUCCUAUAGCAUUUAUAGCCAAAUCAAAAGAACAUCGCCAUCUACUGCAACAUCCUCUCAUUACCAGUUAUUUGUUUCUUAAAUGGCAUCGCCUCUCGGUCGUCUUUUUUGUAAAUUUUUUAAUGUAUGUCUUCUUUGCUGUUUCUAUUAUCACACACACUAUUCUGAAAUUUCGUGAGAGUGAGUAUGAGGCAGUGACAGCCCUUUUUGGUCUGUUUUCUUGGAUUGGUAUUAUCUACAUGAUUCUGCGGGAAUGUACGCAAAUGAUCAUGUCACCUUUAUGCUAUUUUCGCUCGCUGGCCAACUACAUGGAAUUGGCCUUGAUCGGACUAUCGAUUGUAACAUGCAGCGAACCCACUUAUGAUAAAGAGACUCAGCGAGUAAUUGCCGUUUUUACUAUGCUUUUGAUAGCAAUAGAACUGUGCCUCUUAGUAGGCUCCUUACCCGUCUUGUCCAUUUCGACACAUAUGUUAAUGUUGGAUGCUGUGUGCCGUAGUUUUUUGAAAAGUUUUGCGCUCUACUCAAUUUUUGUGAUCACGUUCAGUUUAUGUUUUUAUAUACUGUUUGGCAAGCCUGAAAUGAACCCAAAAGAGCCUACCGCUUCUAAUGAGGAUAACGGGGAAUUUAACAAAUUUACUAAUCCCUUGACGGCUUUAAUCAAAACCAUUGUUAUGCUUACCGGCGAGUUCGAUGCCGGCGAUCUAGAGUUUGAUUCUCUUUACAAUUACUUACUGUUUUUACUCUUCGUCUUUUUCAUGACCAUUGUAUUGCUUAAUUUGCUAAAUGGUCUGGCAGUUAGCGAUACGCAGGCCAUUAAAGGACAGGCCGAACUAAAUGGCUCGAUAUGUCGAACUAAUCUUUUAACACGUUAUGAAAAAGUUUUAACUGGUCGUGCAGACGGAGCCAGUUUUAUAGUUAACCAUGAACCUUUCCGCUCUAUAUGCCGUCGUCUAACGAAUUUAUAUCCCAACUAUUUAGCGGGUCGACAAAUUGCAAUAUUACCUAACGAUAAUAAUAAGGUUUUGAUACCGACAAGUAGCAUUUUCGAAUUGAAAGAAGUGGACAACUCCUUAGCGUGCUUUUUACCGCUAAGCGAUAAUGAUCAUGAUAAACAAAAGAAACUAUUAGAUCCGCCGGUAAGGUUUCUACCUUGCUGCUGUUCUUGCAUAACCGGUAGUUGUUCUAAAAUGGAUGUCCGUACGGUUAAGAUGGCGUUGACAGUUAUCGAGAAAAAAGCGAGUGCAAUAAGAACGCAACUGCACUUGAAAACCACUGAAAAACGUUUGCAAAAUAUUGAACAAAAACUGGAAAAAAUAUUCGAAAUUUUGCAGGAUUCAAAAAUAAAAUAAAAAAAUGCAGAUUCGUGGUAUUAAGAAGUAUUAU